UAAGUUGGACUAUCAUCGCGGUACAUGAACAAUGCCUAAUCGGAGUAGUUGGACAGCAGAUUUAUAUGUACUUCCUAGUUGGCAAUUGAUCUAAUAAUAAUUGCUUAGCGAUUUAUAAAAGUAAUACCUGAUAGGGCUUGUAAAUUAUGCAAAUUGAUUUAAUUUAAUUUCAUUAUUCAUUUAGAAAAACUAUGCACUUUGUCUAGUUUAAGCGGUAAAGUUCCACUCUUUAGUACGGUUAGGUUGUCUCCCUAUAUAUAUAUAGUAUACAUAUAUAUACUAUAUAUAUAAACAGCAAUUUAGCUACUGGUUAGCUGCACCAGGCCACCAUCAGCGCUUUCAUAUAGAAUAUUUAUAUUUGUUUUUUUUAAAAUCAAUGUUGGUGUUUUUUGAGAUUAAAAGAUGGCUUUAAGUGAUUAUGAAGAUGCCUUAAAAUCUUAUAUUCUCGACGAUGACAAACUGGUAACUUAUAAAUGGCUAAGUAAGGAAUUCGAAGUACACGUUAACAUUGCUAAAGAUUUAUUAAAACAAUAUUGGGAAAAGAAUAAGGAUGAAGAGGAUAUUACUGCUACAUUCCUUUUGGUUGGUCAAUUAAAGGAUGGUUCAAUUCGCAUAGAAGUAGUAAAAGAAGAAAAUUUGUCUGCAGUAAGAGAAAAGUUUGUUAAAAUUGAUUGUGAACAUUUGUACAGUUUACAAAAGUCCUUGGAAGAGAUCGAGCUAUUAGCAUUAACUGAAGAUGGAGACCUCCGUUUUAGUGCGAUAAAAUGUAAUGAAGAAUAUUUAAGAAGUAAUACAGAAAUUAAUAGUUUACGAUACAUUGGAAAUACAAGAAAAGAAGAAAAUAAAUCUGCUAAUAAAGUUCCAGAAAAACAAGUACCCAAACAAGUGGAUUUCUCUUCAAAAGAUAAAACCAAUAAUUUGAUAAAUAAUAAAGCUGAAAAAGAUGAGGCACCAAAAGCUGAAAGGAAGUCUAUAGAAUCCAAAACAGAAGCUGAGAGAAGUCAAAGUAUAGAAAAGAAAGUUUCUCCUAAAAACAAUGCUAAAGAUACUUCAAAAAUUAAUAAUAAAGUAUCAAAAAAGCCAGUACAAUCAAAGAAGUCAGGUUUUAACAAUCUUUUUGGAAAAGUUCAAAGUAAACCUCAACCAUUGGAGAAUUUGAAAGAAGAUUCUGAUGAUAGUAAAAGUGAAAACAAAGAAGCGUUGCAGCUUUCAAACAAAAAAGAUGAUACAAAAAAUGAGCAAGAGAAAGAGAAGAGCCAAGGAACUGAAAGUUCAGAGAAAGAAAAUGAAAUUCAGCAGUCUGAGGUGAAAUCUAAAGAAAAUAAAAUUCAGCAAUUUGAGGUGAAAUCUAAAGCUAUGAUCAAGACUAAAAUUGAAGAAACCAAGUCAAGAAGUAAGAAAGAUGCACGAGGGAAAAAAAGAAAUAGAAGUCAAGAAAAAGAUACAGCCUCUAAGCGAAAAAGGAUUGUUGUAAUGGAUUCUAGCGAAGAUGAAUCUGACAAAAGUAUAGAUGAUGAAGAGGAGGAACCAAUGGAAGUUGUGGAAGAACCAGUUAAUGUUACUAGAAAAAGAUCUCCUUCUCCUCCAGUUGAAAAACGAGAAAACGGUAAACGAAUGGUAUCAAAAUACAUUGAUAAAACUUAUAAGGAUGAAGAUGGUUUUCUAGUUACUAAAAGAGUACAAGUUUAUGAAGCUGUUAGUGAUAAUGAAGAACCAGAAGUAGUGAAGACAGAAGAACUUAAAAAGGCAAAACCUGCAGAUACUAAAGCUAAAAAGAAACAAACAACAUUAACAAAUUUCUUCAAAAAGUCUUGAUGUUUUAUUUAAUUAUUUUUAAUAUCGUCAAAACAUUUUAAAAUAUCGAAUUUGUAACAUAUAUUGUUUUUUACUGAAUGACAACUCCCAUUUCUAAGUAUAAAUCUAUAUUUCACAUAGUGAGAUUUCUGAUAUAAUACUGGGAGUGCCAGAUAGAUAAGAAACCAAUGAAAUUCAGUGUGAUCACCUGGAUGACAUCAUCAUCUGAUAUGUUAUCAGGAGAGGCUGAGUGAGCUUCUAAAAGUACUGCCCACAUUCUCUAUUAGACUUGCAGUACUGUCAAAUAUGGAUAUUCGCAACGUAUCAAUUUGCCUGUUAAUUUGCUUCAUAAAUACAGUUCAGUUUAAAAUUUCAAAAGCAGAUGUUUGUCAAAUAUGUAUAUGUUCUAUACAAGGUACUAAAUCAUGUUUAUAAAACAAUACUAUGUAACAUAUUUUUUAUACUAAAAUUCCAUAUACUUUUUAAUUUAUUCAUGGUUUUUACUUAACUACAAAUUCAAAAGUUAAUUUAAGUGUAAUGGUAUCAUGAUGAAAUUAUGUAUAUUUUUUAAAAUUUGGAAUAAAACUAUUACACAUACUUUUUUUAUGUUUCAUUGAAUUAACAAUAAAUUUAUCCUGCAUCAAGAUAACAUAAAGGAUUUUUUUUUAAUCUUGUAGUAAUUUAAAUAAGUAUUAUCAAGAAUUUUUUUUUUAUUUCAGAAGAUGCAACUAUUUUUGUUGAUUGCCACAAAACAAAAUUUUCUUCUAUUAAUAUAAUUCGCUUUGGUCUUAUAUCGGUUGAGUACAAUAGAACACUUGCAGCUUUUGAUCUAUCAGAAAACAAUGUCACAUAUUUACCUCCAGACAUGUUUGAAAGUUCACAAAGACUGAGAAUAAUAAAUUUAUCAAACAAUCUUCUUCAAGAAAUUCAUGUAAAUGUAUUUAAAAACUUAAAGGGCUUGGAAAUGCUCAAUUUAUCCAAUAAUAAAAUUAAAACUCUAGAUUCAGCCAUUUUACCAUCACUUAAAAGUUUAGAUUUGAGUAACAACAGUAUUUCAGAUUUAGAUUUCCAGUUUCAUAAAGCUUAUCCAAAAUUAACUGAAUUAAAUUUGUCUUAUAAUAAAUUAGAUGAUUCUAUCAAUGGUACACUCACUUUACUUAGACAAUUAAAACAUUUGGAUCUUUCUCAUAAUAACUUCACUUUAUUGGAUAAUGAAGACUUCAACGUUCUGACAAACUUAAUUUCUUUAAAUUUAAGUCACAAUUCCAUUAAAUUUUUAACAAGACAAAAAUUUCCAGAAAGCUUAAUAGUUUUGAAUGUAGGUUUUAAUUAUUUGAGCACCUUUCCUGCAACUAAUUUAUCUAAGGUGAAAAUACUAAAUAUUGAGUUUAACCAAAUAAGUGAAAUGCCCACUAUUACCAACAAUGAAUUGUGUGACAUGAAGUUUUUAAAUAUAAGUGGAAAUAAACUAGUAAAUUGGCCUAAUUUAAAGGCAACAAAUUUGCAAAUUUUAGAUUUAUCUUAUAAUAAAUUUUCAAGUAUACCUGUAACUUUGAAUAAAGAAAAUUAUCCUACUUUAGAAAAUUUAAUAUUUGAUGGCAAUUUAAUAACUAAAAUCGAGUUUCCUUCAUUAUUAAAUUUGCAUUCAUUGAUAAUGCGUAAUAUGACUUAUGUAGAAAGUAUCGAUAGAAAUUCGUUUGAAAAAUUGAGUACUUCAGCUGAAAAAGAUUGUUUGAAUCUCACUUUGACUGACAAUAAAAAACUAAGAUAUCUUGAUGCUAAAGCUUUUGAUGGGCUUAAUUUAUGCAUGUUGAAUUUAAAAAAUAAUCAGUUCACAUAUUUUAAUCCGAUGCUUUCCAAGUCUGGGUUUAUGAGGACAAAAUUUGGAGUUGACUUGGAGGGCAACCCAUUACACUGCAAUUGUUCAUUGCAAUGGAUGAUUGAUGACUUGGUUCCAUGGUUAUACUUGAUAAAUCCGGAUUUGUUAAAUAAUUUGAGAUGCAUGACACCAGAAAGUUUAAAAGGUAAAAGAAUGGUGCAUUGGUACAUGUGGAAAGAACAAGUUUUGUGCAACAAUACAAGGCUAUAUUCUUCAAGAAUGACUGCUGAAACAUUACAAGUAUUAAGCAGAAAUAAUCCAAUUACUUUGCAAACGAGUAAUGGCAUGCUUAUAGUUCUUGUAUUAGCAGUGAUUACAUUGUUAGUGUUGGUAGUAGUUGGAAUUAUUUAUGCGAAAAAAAUAUCGUCAAGGCGUUCAAGAAUGAAUCGAAGGUUUUAAAAUAAUGGAAUACAUUAGUACAGAGUAGUUUAUAGGUUUUACAUGUAAAAGUAUUAUAAAAAAAUAGAACAAGUUUUUUUAUUUUUGUACAAGAUCUUUUUAUGGUAAAAAAUUGAUUUUUGUAAUCUAAUCUAGUUUGAGUCAUUUGGUAACUCAACCUUUUAGUUAAAAUUUACCCUAAAAAUACAAGUGACAGGCUAUAUGCAUUAUUUAUAAUAGUAGUCGAAUAUUACCCGACCAAAUAAACGUAUGACGCUUGUUAAAUGUAUACGUAAAGUAUUGAAUCAAGUUUUGAUAUUUAUAUAAAAAUAAAUUAAGACAUUCAAGUUCAUUAUAAUACAAUAAAAUUAAAAAGUACUAGAUUUACAUAACUUGCUUGCUGACAUUAUUCAAGUGAAUUUUAUGACCAGUCAUACGAAAGUGACGUAGAAAAACCAUUAUUUGAGUUAUUUGGAAGAAAAUGUUCUUCUCUUAGUUACCCUUUUUACAAUUGUGCUAACUAAAUCACAGUGGUUUUAUACAUGUAUACAGAAGUAUACAUUCACUCUACAUAUUAUUUGACAUAGCGCGCUAGUUACAUUGGCCUCGAAGAGGAUUUUAACUAAGGUAUUAAAUUAGUACGUUGGACGUAAUCACUGUAUUUUUGUACAACUAUAUCGAAACUAGAAUAUUGUUUGACGUGUUUGUCUUUGUGUUACAGCUUUUCUUAUUGUACAGUACUUUUUUUUUUUAUAAAUAUAGCUAAGAAAAAAAUAUCAAUUCUAACUAUAUUACAUCUGUUAGACUCACUGAUAAUAUAUAACAUUUGCUUUCCAUGUUUGGAACUGAAAGAAGGUUUACAAAAUAAAUCAUGAAAUAAAAACUGAGUUUUUACCUAAAAACUUUAUACUGAAAUUGUAGAAAAAUUAAAAUAUUGAACGAGUUUUCCUUAGCUGCAUUUUAACAGAUUUCUUCUAGCCUUUAGUUUUAAAUGAACUUUUUGUAUUGAAAAAUUAAUUUAAACCUCAUCAAUGCGCCAUGGUUUAGAAGCAGUUCGUGUAGGAGGAUUCCUCCUGAUUUCUUCAAGGAAUACCAACAUUUGUUGAUAAUAUCCUGAUUUAUUCCAAGUUUCGUUAUGUGUGCCAUCAAGUAUUUGAAUUUUCCUUUUAAAAGAGCUGCCACAUGCUUCAAAAAGUUCAUCCAUCAUUUUUGGGGGAACUAAUUUGUCUUGUCUUCCAGAAAUAAAAAGUGUAGGUA